GUUCUUCCUCUCUCUCACUUCAGGAGGGGGGAGAGGAGAGCAGUUUAGUUUAGACAGGCGGACGGACAGCCACGAGACACAUAAUGGCAAAUAUAUAAAACUAACUUUUUGAAGCGCUGACUGACAUACUACCACUGUUUGUUUCUUAAGAAGGGGAUGAAUCUCCUUUCACUUGAAGUUGUUUGCACCACAACCGUUUUUUUGAGGAGGCGGCGAGGCGCGGCGGCGGAUGGGAACACAGAGCAGCAGCAGCGCCAAACUCACAAUGCGCCGGAGUGAACAGAGGCAGCAGGGAGACAAUACAGAUCCGCGGGUCCACUGAGGAGCUGCAAUCUCUCAUCUGUGCUUCCUUUUUCUCUUCGAAGCCUACCCGAGAGUGGCAUUCCCCCCGUUAAAGGCUUUUUUCUUUUUUUGGACUGAUUGAGACUAAAUUGACUUCGCUACGAGGGGGCAAGCGGUUUGAUCUCCAAACUCAGCCAUGACGUCUCCGGCGAAAUUCCGAAAGGAAAAGGAGAUAGUGGCCGAAUAUGACACUCAAGUUAAAGAGAUCCGCGCCCAGCUGGUGGAGCAGCUCAAGUGUCUGGACCAGCAGUGUGAGCUGAGGGUGCAGCUGCUGCAGGACCUGCAGGACUUCUUCAGGAAGAAGGCUGAGAUCGAGGUGGACUACAGCCGCAACCUGGAGAAGCUGGCCGAGCGGUUCCUCACCAAGACCCGCAGCACCAAGGACCAUCUACUCAAGAAGGAGCACAGCAUCUUAUCCCCUGUGAACUGCUGGAACCUGCUGCUGCUUCAGGUGAAGAGGGAGAGCCGCGACCACGCCACUCUGUCCGACCUCUACCUCAACAACAUCAUCCCCCGCUUCGCUCAGAUCAGCGAGGACUCAGGACGCCUCUUUAAGAAGAGCAAAGAGGUCGGCGUACAGCUGCAAGAGGACCUGAUGAAAGUUCUUAAUGAGCUUUACACGGUAAGAAAAAUCACUGACUUUUGCUGUGACCUGGGCUACCAUGCCAGCCUGCACCGAGCCAUGAGGACGUACCUGUCUGCAGAACAGAACGUAGAGACGUCCAAACACUCCGGCAUGGAGACACUGGAGGGGGCUGCAGAGAGUCUGGAGGCCAACGGGGACAAACAGAAACUGAUGGAGACCUACAACAACGUCUUCUGCCCCCCCGCUCGCUUCGACUUCCAGUCCCACAUGGGAGACACGAGGGGAGUGGUGUGUGCCCAGCAGCCUCUGGAAAGCGAGCUGCUCCAGAGGUGUCAGCAGCUGCAGUCCCGCCUCUCCACACUCAAGAUUGAGAAUGAAGAGGUGAAGAAAACCAUGGAGGCUACUCUGUCCACCAUCCAAGACAUGGUGACAGUGGAGGACUACGAUGUCUCCGAGUGCUUCCACCACAGCAACAGCAUGGAGUCGGUCAAAUCCACCUUCAGCGAAUCAUAUCUCAGCAAGCCCAGUCUGGCCAAGCGACGGGCCAAUCAGCAGGAGACGGAGCAGUUUUACUUCACGAAGCUGAAGGAGUUUCUGGAAGGCAGGAGCCUGAUCACCAAGCUGGAGGCCAAGCAUGACCUCAUCGACAAAACCAUGGGAGAGAGUCAGAAGAGUGACUGUUGCCUUGCCAGCGGACGGAGAAACUCGGCGCUACGGAAGCAGGAGUCUGGGGAAGUCAUUCCUCUGAUGGUGGAGAGCUGCAUCCGCUUCAUCAGUCGCCAUGGUCUGCAGCAUGAGGGCAUCUUCAGAGUGUCGGGCUCUCAGGUGGAAGUCAAUGACAUCAAGAAUGCAUUUGAGAGAGGUGAGGACCCGCUGGCAGGCGACCAGAAUGACCACGACAUGGACUCCAUCGCUGGCGUCCUAAAGCUCUACUUCAGAGGACUGGACCAUGCCCUCUUCCCCAAGGAAGUCUUCCAUGACAUCAUAUCCUGUGUCUCGAUGGAGAGCCUCCAGGAGCGAGCAAUCCACGUUAAGAAAGUUCUGAAAUCUCUGCCGAACAAAACCCUCAUCAUCAUGAGAUACCUGUUCGCCUUCCUCAACCACCUGUCUCAGUACAGCGAUGAAAACAUGAUGGACCCCUACAACCUGGCCAUCUGCUUCGGCCCCACCCUGAUGUCCGUCCCCGAGGGCAACGACCAGGUCUCCUGCCAAGCUCACGUCAACGAGCUCAUCAAAACUAUCAUCAUCCACCACGACACCAUCUUCCCCGGGCCACAGGAAGUGCAGGGCGCCAUCUACAUCGUCCCUGGAGCUGGAGAUGACUUCUGUGAUAGUCCACACUGUGAGCCCCCCCUUGUGGAAGAGCCUGCGCCUGAGACCGUCUCUGUCAGCCGCAACAGCGAGGAUGGCUCCUUGGCCGUUUCAGAGUCGGACGCCUUCGAAGCCAUCGCUCGGUUUGACUACUCCGGCCGGACUAGUCGGGAGCUGUCGUUCAAGAAGGGCGCAUCUCUGCUUCUCUACCAGCGGGCCUCUGACGACUGGUGGGAGGGGCGACAUAACGGCGUGGUGGGCCUGGUGCCGCAUCAGUACAUCGUGGUGCAAGACACGCCUGACGGGGGCAGGGGAAGUCCAAAGCCUGAUAUGGACAGCAAGGAGCUGCUGGAGGAGAGAGUUUCCACCAGAGUCAGCGCUGCCUCUCCUACUGGAGCUCAUGUGGCCGACAUCUACCUGGCCAACCUCAACAAGUUGAGGAAACGUCCGGAGUCCGGCAGCAUCCGUCGAUCGUUCCGCGGCUCAGAGAGCGAAAGUCCAGGAAGUCCAGUAAGUCCAGGACCCAGCGGAGGGGGAGGGGGAGGGGGAGGAGGAGGGGUGAGAACCGCUUCCCUCCCUGUCGGUGGGGCUCUGGUGAAAGAGAGCGGAGACAAACGACCUGUCAGCGCUCACAGCAUCCUCAACUCAGUCACUCGCCACUCCUCUCUCAAGACCAAGGUGGAGAGUCCACAGCUACGCAAGACAUCUUCAGCAGGCCGCUCCAAAAGCUUCAGCAACCACAGACCGCUGGACCCUGAGGUGUUCUCCCAGGUGGAGCACAGCUCACAGGACAUUGAGGCUACGAUGACCUCUGCGCUGAGUGAGCUCAGUAAAUUGGAGAGGCAGAGCACAUCGAAACACACACACACCCCGGACGUGGUGCUGGACACACUGGAGCAGCUGAAAGGUGUGUGUGGAGGAGGAGGAGGGGGAGGAGCCUCGGAGCCCUCCAGUCCUCUCCACUCCCGUCUGCUACGGGACAGCGAGGGGGCUUCCUCACAUUCACACCCGCUCCAGCGCAGCGCCUCCUCGGCCAGCGACGUGCCCUCCUCCUUCCGCCCGGCCAAGAGCCAGCCGCGGAGCCCCCUGCCCUCCACCACCUCCCCCUCUCUCUCCUCUUCCUCCCUCUCCUCAUCUGUACCUUCCUUCAGAGAGCUGCGCCCCCCAGCAACGAGGCCCAAGCCGGUGGUGUUCCCAAAGAAUGGGAGCGGCAGUCCAGCCAUGGGUUCCCCGACCUCCACUGUGCCCCCUACUCCUCCUCCUCCACUUACAAGCCACUCGCUCCCUCACACCCCUCCUCCUCCACCCUCACCCCAGUCUAAUGACAAAUCCUGCCCGGUUUAGGACUUCCCAAUCUGACCCACGAUAAUGAUUCUCACAAACUCUUAGAUUUCUUACAGCUCUUCUACAAGCAGAUGCAGAAAGCACUUCAUUUGAUUUACACAAGACCUAACCCACUACUCAUGUGUAGCAUUCACUUCCUGGUGUCCAGGCGACUUUCUAAGACGCCUUGUUCCCUUUGGAUGUCAAGAGUUUUUUCAGCCCUUUCCUGGCAGCUCUGCUUAUUGCAGUUCAACUAUCAGAGGGUGUUAAUACGAGAGAACAAAAAGACACUUCUGUUUCUUUUGCCAUCGCAGAGAUCCCAGGCAUUACUCGAUUUAAAACAUUAGGGGAACAGGACUCAGGACGGACACCUACAGAUUACAUACACUAGUUUGUGAUGUUUGAAAAUUGUGUUUGAGUGGGCGUGCAGGAGUGUUACUUGCCUUUACACACAGAUCAAGUGAGGAACAAAAAGCACUGUUUGAUUUUUGUAUAGUAGACAUUUUUUUCUUUUCAUUUUAUUGACCCAUGACUAACGGACUGGAAGGGAACGUUUGAUUCCGGAGAAUAGACUGUGAAAUGCUAAGCUCUCGCUCUGUGUAGAAAUCAAACACACUGACCUGCUGCUUCAGGAGUGGAAGACUGGAGAUGAAGGUGGUCUUUUGAGAUGAUGAAAGGAAAGAAAACUGGGCCAAAUAUCAGUGUAAGUCAUGUGAUCCAGGGCUUUAUUUGAUCUCUUCCUCAAGUGUUUGAUAUGUUGGUGAUUUUUAUUUUUUAUUUUGUAUUACUGUUCAGUACUCGUCACAACAGGAGCAGUGAUCUCCAAAGCCUAACAUGGCCACUAGUAAUUCUAAAUACACAUAUAGCAAUACAGAUGAUAAAAGCUGGUAGUUUGAGGCAUUACGCUGCUUCUCUCCUGCAGCUCUAUUAUGUGUGUAGGGGACCACUGAAACACAGCAUUUUUAUAGAUAAUGUUGGACUGUACACAUACACACACAUUCCCUCCAAAUGUGUGUGUGUUGGUGUUUUGUGGCAGCUAAAAAAACCUUUCAGGUUUUCCUUGCAUGCUGGGGCCAUAGAGGGCAGCCACUAUGGCGAGCUGGCAGCUUAUAUAUCUAUACCAGUACCAGCCACGGGACGACUUCAAACAAACACAGCUUGCUCCUUUAACUAUAUACUUAACAGUAAAAAGGGUUAUAUUAUUCUAAUGGUGUGUAUGUAUGUUUUAAUUAAUCUUGAUGAUAACUGGAAGCAUGGAGCUGAGGAUCCUCUUGAGUGUGUUUUGAGAUAGAAGCACAACCAACCACCUCAUCCAAUGGGCUCUUAAGCAAAAAUGUUUUGUUAUUACUUUUUGUUCCCAGUUGUUAAUUAAUGCUCAGAAUCUGUAAUGAAAAAAAAAAUGUUGAACUGUGUAUCUGUCUGGGUGUGUGCCUGUGUGAGCAUGCGUGGAUGUGUAUUAGUAUGUAUGCACCUCAUCCCCCACCCCUUGCCUCACACAUUAAAUACGGAUGCCUCCCAACAGCAUCUGUUUGAAAAUGCCUCUCCCAUAUUAUGGAGUACAAGCAGCCUUAGUCCUUAAAAAAUAAUCACUAUGUACAUGUGUUUAGAGAAAAAUAUGUUGUCUUGCCUGGAGGAAUCAGGACAAGAACAUCAGAAUCCAAGAAUUAAAUCUUUUUUUUAAAUAAAUAUAUUAUCUGCUCAAUUGUACCCUUUGCCAAAUUAGAUCUGAUGAUGAAUUAAAGAAUACAUGAAUACUUUUGUAAACACUGACUUGGACAAAUGGCUAAACAUAAGACCUGUUUUUGAAACAGUAUUGAGCUCAUUUUACAGAGGCUUCCACAUAUUCCCCUCUAUCACGCCCAUUCCCCCUCUACCAGGUAAUGAAUUAUACUUGUUAAGGUUUAUUUUUUAUAUCUGUUUACUGUUCGUGUAAUACCUGGUGUAUUUGUGUUGCUCUUACCUCAUCAGAACAACUGGAGGGACUGUGACUGUGUGUUUGCCCUACCAGCACACACACUCUCACACAUACAGAUAUGCAUGGUUGGUUGGUUUGUUUUGUCCUGGCUGUGCCGUUACGGGGAGCUGGGACCCUCUUCGAUCUUAAAUCAAUCUUGGUGCACUUGAACAACUUGGCUUGCGUGUGGACUAACUGUGUGGGGAUGAUUUGUCAGAAUUGAAUAUUGUUAAAUAUGCAUUUUUGUGUUCAUUUGAAAACAGCAGAACUAAAAAAAUGACUGUAAUGUCAAAUCUAUUUAUAGUUGUCUCUGUAUUACUGGAGAAUCCUGUGUUCAGAUGUACUUUGUAUAUACAAUGUUGUACAUUACAGAGGUACACUCUUUUUUGGUACAAUAUUGUACAGUAAUAGCAAUAGUAGUUUAAUCAAAUAGGCCUUAUAUAAUUCUAUGUGUAGUUCUUGUAGUAGAUCUGUUUUUUAAUAAACAUUGCUUGCUAUAAAGAGCUUUGAAUUAUUUGAUGUCUGUAACAAUAAAGAACCUAUGACACGUUU